UUUCCAUUGUAGAUUCGAAUCAGCCCGUACUGGAUAAAGCCUCAGUCUAUGAAGUCCAAGGCAUAUCUAUACAGUUAUAGUAAAUGUCUAUUACGUUCCUGAGUUUGACAUCUUUUGUUGAUACUAACAUCCUACCGCAGAACAAUAAAUAUAUACUAGGGGUUUGAUUCUACAACGUAUAUUCACUGAUAGGUAGACAUCUGUUUUCUUUAUAGAAACUCUGGCUGCACCUAGAAUCGUAGCUUGCCUUGUGCCGAUACUAUUGCCGUGAAACCAGAGCAUCCCAGAGAACUGGCUCUCCUUGAACUAUUUCUAUUCAUUUUCUUAUACUAGUGGAUAGCUAUCUUAUUCACUUUGCUAGAUAACUUGCUCUACAAAUAGCCCCGUCUCUCCACGUACAUAUAACACAGAGCAAGUCCUAUAAGCCAAGUUCGCAGAGGCCUCAACUUCACCAUGCCAGAAAACCCAGAAGACCAGAAGCCUCGCCACAACCAUGGCUUCAGGAAUCAUAUGAAUAGAUCACGGCCAUCCCAUCAUCAUAGAGGUUCUGAUCCAGAACCUAGGCAGACGAAAGUUCGCAGUGACCCCUGGCAAUCGGUUAGUGCGUUACAACUAGGGCUUCACCCACGACCCUUCCAUGAACUACAUAGGGAGCGUCUAUAUCUCCUUGAAAUGCUACAGCAGCAUAAUACACGAGCCCUCAAGCUAUUCGAGCAGGUGCCAAUCGUCGAAGAGAAGAUACAGAAGGCUGAUACUCCGUACAAGCUCAGACAAGCGAAGAAAACUCGCGGCUGGCUGAGACAUCGUAUUACUGACACUGUCGAGGAGGAGAAGAAGGUACUAGCGCGACUGAGCGAACUGCAUGUUGAGAUACAGUGUCAGGAGAGAUGGCUCCAAGUUGAGAUGGAGAGGGUAGCGAGGGGACUUUCGCAGCAACACCACAACCCCAACUUUGAAGAUUUCCUUGCGCCGCCAAUACCGCCAUGGCCCCAGGCGAGCCCACAUCCGGUCUGCAACGCUUAUCAUCCACCCUACACGGGCAUUGUAUACCCAAAUGCACCGCCCUGGGACGCCUUUCCGAGCCAAGGGGCUUAUCCUGGAUAUUAUUGGCCAAAUCCAACUUACAUAUGCCCCACGAACGUGCCGGAAGCCCCUCGUACGCCCAGCCCAUUUGAAAUAGACAGCACCUUUAGUAGUAAUGCAUUGGACGAUACGUAUAGCAGCCACGUAGAAGUUACUGCGGGAAGCCCUGAGAUGGAACAGCGGUGGCCAAGUACUCCGCCUCCAAUAGGUGAAGACAGUACCGAGCACAAUCAAAAGCGGUGCAACUCUACAUGGUUUUAGGGUACUGGCACGCGUUUUGGAUUGUAGUGUGAAGGACGGUACGGAUUUAGAUAAGGGGCGGUUCAUAAGUCAUCGUUUAGAGUGUUCAUAAUGAGAAUCUA